AGAUGAAGACUGUAGAUUUUACGUUUAUAUUUGACCUGCACUUUUAACUUUAAUGGAAUAUUUUAUACACUCAGUGACAAGACUGAUUUUCGUUUUUCUUUGAUUUUGUCCAGUUACUUAACAACACCUCACAAAAGAUGUGGACAGUACCUAAACCACGUUACGCGAAUGGCUAUAAUUUGUGUUUUGAAGAUGUAACCGAGAUAGUCGUGAACAUUGGCGGAGUCAGAGUGGUAUUGCACAGUGAUGUACUAAACCGUCACCCGGAAAGUCGCCUGGCAGAACUGGUGAACUGCUCCUCGCGGAAUAAUGAUGCCAUCUCCUCGCUCUGUGACGAGUACGACCCGUGUAAAAGAGAGUUCUACUUCGACAGGGAUCCCGAUGCGUUCAAAUGUAUCAUAGACGUGUACUACUUUGACGAGAUUCACAUUAAGAGAGGAAUCUGUCCCAUUUGUUUCAUUAAGGAGAUGGAAUUCUGGAAAAUUGAACAAAGUUAUUUGGACGAAUGCUGUAAAAGUUACCUGAGCGAAAAAGAAGAGGAACUAGCCGAGAUUGCCAACAAAGUAAAGCUGAUAUUAGAUGAUUUAGAUGGAGACCAGUCUGUACACCGCUCGGAGCGCUGUCAGAAGUUCCUGUGGAAACUAAUGGAGAAACCAGAAUCCUCUUUGCCUGCACGCGUGAUUGCCAUCGCAUCGUUCCUCUUCAUCCUAGUCUCCUCAGUGGUGAUGUGCAUAGGGACUAUUCCAGAACUCCAGGUGGAGGACGGAGAGGGGAACCUCGUAGAACACCCGACACUUGAUGCCAUAGAGACCGCCUGUAUUGGCUGGUUCACCGUGGAGUACCUGCUGCGUCUUGCGUCCUCCCCAAACAAAAUACGCUUCAUGCUCUCCUUCAUGAACAUAAUAGAUUUCAUGGCCAUCAUUCCGUUCUAUGUGGUACUAACCCUUACGUCCCUUGGCACGGCUAUGAUGGAACUGGCCAACGUCCAGCAAGCGGUCCAAGCACUUCGCAUCAUGCGUAUUGCUCGAAUCUUCAAGUUAGCGCGCCACUCCUCCGGGUUACAGACUCUCACAUACGCACUGAAAAGGAGCUUCAAGGAGCUCGGGUUACUCCUCAUGUACAUGGGCGUGGGGAUAUUCGUGUUUUCAGCUCUGGGGUACACCAUGGAGCAAAGCCACCCAGAAACCCUCUUCAAGAGCAUCCCACAGUCCUUCUGGUGGGCCAUUAUUACCAUGACGACGGUGGGCUACGGAGACAUCUACCCUAAAACCACUCUUGGAAAGUGUAAUGCUGCCAUUAGCUUCUUGUGCGGGGUGAUAGCUAUCGCGUUACCCAUUCAUCCUAUCAUUAACAACUUUGUCAUAUUUUACAAUAAGCAAAAAGUGCUCGAGACCGCGGCCAAACACGAACUGGAGCUCAUGGAGUUGCAGUCUGACGAGGGCGCAACGACCAAGACCAAGAGCAAAUCUGACGCAGCGGGCGCAUAUGGAGAGCUCCAUGACCCUGUCUCGCAGUGACUAAACCGCUUCUUGGAAUGUCCACCAGGACUAGUAGUAAAUAUCUAUAGCUGUAUGUGUCCCCAUUACUUCGUAUCUAAGAAGUAGCUUAAUAUGUAAAUGUGUCUUUUUGUGAACGCAGCGUAAAGGUCAACCGGUCGCCAUCAAAUAAAACUUAGCAUGAAAUCCAAAUCUACCUAUCCUUUUUAAUAAAGAUUUUGAAGAUUUCAUAUUCAAUGUUGUUGUUUUAUAAUGCUGCCUUUAAAAACCUUUAAACGAUCGUAUAACAUUCCCUUUGACCACCCUGUUGGCGUUGGGGUAUCCAGUUGAAGAUUUAUAUACAGGAGUGAAGUAGAUGAAGUAAUGUCAUUGUCAAUACGAGAAAGUGAUCACACGCAAGCAUGCACACACACGCAGACACGCUAUUAAGCAAUAAUCCUUGUAUACAAUCAAUAAGCAAUUACAGACGAAUCGUAAUUAUAAAUCAACAAAAAUAAUUAUAAAUCAGUAGCCCAUAAAUAUAAUAAAACGUAAUUAUGUUUUGGGGGAUUUAUGAUUACAACUUCUCUAUGAUUGCUUUA